AUGUCAACAUCACCGCACCAGCUCUUUAUCCUCGCCGACCACAUCAAACUCUCCCUCCUUGAACGCCAACGCGCCCAAUCUCUCAAACUCCCAGGCAACAACACAAACGAUGGCCCUUUGACCCGGUCGCUGGAGUCCCUACGUGCUGGCAUAGAAACCUUGACGUCCAAUGCUGAGGAGCAAGAAUCUACUGGUGGAGAGUACGUCCUCCUUCUCCAUGAUCUCCACAGGUUGCCAGAAGACGAAAUGCUGACGAUGAGACACAACAGUGUAUCCGACCUACACACCCAACUCUCCAAACUACGCAAACAAUACGAAGACCUAAAUGCGCAGUUCAAUGGCCAUACCUCCACAACAGCCACAACGACGCCAAACGACAGUAGUCUAGCACCGGACUUUGCAGCCGCGACCUCCACUCCACAACGCAACAAAUCCGUGCGCUUCGAUAAACCAUACCGUGACUCUUCGCCCGAAGACGCCAAUCGUGGAAAACUGUUUACCUCUUCCUCUGCUUCGCAAGAAGCGUAUACCGAUGACGANGCCCCCGUACCCGACCAGACGGACCUGAGCAAUCAGCAAAUUCACGCUUACCAUAAACAAGUGCUGUCAGAUCAGGAUGCGCAACUCGAUCAGUUGUCAAGCAGUAUAGGCAGACAAAGGAUGCUGGGUAUACAGAUGGGAGAUGAGAUGGAUGAUCAGAAUGCGCUCUUGGAUGAUGUGGAACGAGGUGUUGAUCGNUUUCAAGGAAACCUUGAUCGUGCAAGAGGACGAUUGGGUAAGGUGGCGAGAAAGGCAAAGGAUAAUUGGAGUUGGGUUACUAUUGGUGUCCUGAUACUUAUUUUGGUCCUGCUGUUGGUAAUCCUGAAUUGA